UACACAAUCAUCAUGGCCGCCGCCGCGUCCGCGUCCCCCGACUCGGAGGAGGCCGGCAUGGAAGCCGAGGCCCAGAACCCGCCUGUGGGGGCCCAGGAGGACGGCGAGCAAGAGCCCCUGUCAACCAACAAUCCUCCGGAGACGGACGCGCCUGAGGAGGACCCUCCGGACCCUUCCCAGGCGUCUGUCAGCAACGGCGGUGACUCCGAGCUGGAGAAGGAGCUGGUGGAGCUCAAGAUCAUCUGGAACAAGAACAAGUACGAUGUGAAGUUCCCGCUGGACAGCACGGGCGCAGACCUGAAGCAGAAGAUCCACUCACUGACAGGCCUUCCUCCCACCAUGCAAAAGGUCAUGUUCAAGGGGCUUCUGCCGGAGGAGAAAACGUUACGGGAAAUCAAAGUAAUCAACGGUGCAAAAAUAAUGGUGGUGGGCUCCACCAUCAACGACGUCUUAGCAGUGAGCAUACCGAAAGAUGCCGCACAGCAGGAAGUGAAGUCAGAGGAGACCAAAAAGGAGCCGCUCUGCAGGCAAAAGCAACACAGGAAAGUGUUGGAUAAAGGCAAGCCUGAUGACGUGAUGCCUUCUGUCAAAGGUGUGCAGGAGCGCCUGCCAACUGUUCCUUUGUCGGGUAUGUACAACAAGUCAGGCGGGAAGGUGCGGCUCACUUUCAAACUCGAACAAGAUCAGCUCUGGAUUGGCACUAAAGAGAGAACAGAAAAAUUGCCCAUGGGGUCCAUCAAGAACGUGGUGAGUGAACCUAUUGAAGGACAUGAAGACUAUCACAUGAUGGCCUUUCAGCUGGGUCCUACCGAAGCCUCUUACUACUGGGUGUACUGGGUCCCCACUCAAUACGUCGAUGCCAUCAAGGACACAGUGCUGGGGAAGUGGCAGUAUUUUUGAAGGCACGCUCACCUCUGGCACUGGAGACUGGCACGGAGCAAAGGACACU